UCAACAAAAUGAUCACUGACAUCCAGCUGGCGGUGUUCUCGAACAUUCUGGGAGUGUCCAUUUUCUUACUGGUGAUCCUCUACCACUAUAUCAAUGCAAAUACCACAAAGUGAAAGGUUGAUCGGCGAUGUCUACAUCCCACGCCUUUUACAGUUAUAAUUUUAAUACUACCUAUAUAUUAAGAUGUAAAUAAAAUAAGACCUUUUUUGGAUAAAUAAACAAGGAU